ACUUGAUAUGUAGUCAUUAAAUUUAGAUUGAACGAAAUUUUUACUGAGGUAGAAUUCGAACAGGCCGAAUCACUUUUAAAGUUUAUUGAAAUACCGAUUGUUUUCUCAGAUUUUUUUAAUCAGGUGAAAGGUGAAGUUUAAAAUGACCAAUUACGUAGUGUAUGACAGUGAAGGAGAAGUGGAUGGAAUAAAGACGUAUGCUCAUAAAAUGAUGGCUGUUCUUAAACAAUAUACCACUGAUGUGAAAUUUUCUCCGCUGUCGAGUUGGAAUGCGAGUGAAAAUAAUAGAAACAACGUUGUUUAUAUCACAUCAAUUGAAAACGAGGAUUUUCAUACUAAGGUCAAACAACUUUUCCUUAAAGGGUUGUCAAAUUGUAUGGUAGUGUUGCAAUAUUCACCAGCAGACGAGAACCACGUGAACAAAUUCAAAACCAGUGUCAAAAAUUCUCUGAAAAAACUAGAACCAAACAAACUAGCCCGGAAGCAGAUAACAAAAGAAACGUUGGAUAGAAUAGAAACUGUAAAAUUCGUGAAGAAUGUUUCACAGUGGUGGCCUAAAGUGUUGAAGUUUUUAAUCCAAGCACCAGUCAAUAGAAAUAGUAAUCUGGCACGGGAAAUCGGAGUUUUCUUUAAGAUAGACUGGGACAAUGAUGCUCAAGUUGAAUGGCUGGAAUCGCAAAGGAACACCCUGGAGAAUGUGUUCAAGGUUCAAUGCCGUCAUAACGAUAGUUUAAUGGCUGAAGAUACGUACAUCAAAUAUUCUACCUGCGUCGUGAUGUACGUUGACAGAAGUUUGUAUCAAGAUCUUAGGUCCAGGUCAGCACGAAAGGAUGGGAAAAAGAGAAUGCUUGAAUCGAUAAAAGAAACACGUGACGCAUGCAACAGACAUGGCACCAAGUUUCAAGUUUUUAUUGAUCAAGCGGGAGUAAAACUGACGAACGUUUUAGCCACUGACUAUUCACUGAAGAUUGUUGGCAAUGGGAUGAUGUUUCACUGGAUGGGGCUUCUGUCUAUGCUGAACCUUAUUCGAGUUGGCAAGAAACCAGACAUGAUGUUUUAUUCGAAGAAAGAUCGAGAAGAACAGGAGCUAAACAAGUUCAGACCAGACUUUUAUCCCCAUUUAUUUCGGAUAGUUCAUAGUCCAAGGGAAGGUAUACAAAGACUUGCCAGCCCUUCAUCUGUUCUAGCGGACACUUUACAAAAAGCAGGUAGUGUGAAGGAAGUCAGCUACCAGAGUAUGGACGCUGUGGUUAUUGACUCGGAUGACAGCACUGUCAGGCCUUUGUGGUUGUGUUGUACCCAGUUUAUGGCACUUAGAGCAGCAGUUUAACCUUUAGCCUGCUAUAUUUCUAAAAUGGACUGGUCCAUCAUUUAAUUUGGGCAGUACCAUUUAUCAUUUGAAGAGGUGUUCAAUGAAAAUUUACUGACUGAAUUGUGAACAGUGCAGACCUAGAACCUGACUGCUCGCAAAGGCAGAAUUACUUGCCACAAGCAGGCUAAAGCUUGACAAUCACAUCAAAACAGUUUGGAACAUUUUUCAAUUUUUGUAAAUCAUGUUAGAAAUUUAUUUAAGGAACAAAAAAGCCAUUACAUAGGUUUAUAUCUAUUAGAAAUGUAUGCUUUAUUCUUUUAGUAAUUACCUCCAUUUAACAUGUGAAGUGUUUCUUUUGAUUUCAAUAUAUAGUUUUACAGUUACAGUUGAUAGAUAUAGGAUCUGAACAAAACAAAGUUUUAGAACAGUAUGUAGCUUCUGAAUUCAUUUAGUUCUUAUAUAUCUUGAUUAAGUACAACCAAAAUGGUUAACGGGAGGUAACUAAUAAUUUUACAAUCUUGCAUUUCUAACGAAUUUCAGCUAAAUAUAAUUGUCAGUAGGAGUCAGUGAUAGUUCUUCUAUUCAUUUACCAAAAUAACUCUGAAUUGGGCAACCAGGACAGGAAAAUUGAAUUUAGGAAAUACCUCCAGUGAAUAUCUAACAUGUAUUUAUUAAACACUGCGCUUAAACAAUCAGUUGUUAAAGUUACAAACAAAUCCAUUACUUGACUAAAAUCUGGUUAACCAUCUUUGAAUACAAAGUUUGGUAAUAUUUUGUUUCAUGCCUCUAUAUAUAUAGGAAUGUACUGAAGUAUUUAUUUUUUAUAGGGUUUAACGUUGCACUGACAUAAUUAUAGGUCAUAUGGGGACUUCCAAGCUUUGAUGAUAGAGGAAGACCCUAGGUGCCCCUCCAUGCAUCAUUUCAUCACGCGUGGGCACCUGGGUAGAAUCACCGACCUUCCGUAAGCCAGCUAGAUGGCUUCCUCACAUGAAGAAUUCAACGCUUCAAGUUAGGCUCGAACCCACAUUGAUGAGGGGCAAGUGAUUUGAAGCCAGUGACCUUAACCACUCUGCCACAUUGUAUUGAAGCUUGAAAAACCUUUUUAAAUUGUUGUCUUGUAAUAAUGUGUGGUGAUCAUAUCACUGAAUCCAUUGAAUCUAUAUCAGUCUAGUAUAAUAAUAACAUGUCGUUUUUUUUAAGAUUUUACCAAAUGACCUAGUUUUUACCCCAUAAGGAAGUUGAAAAUGUGACCUCUGAAAGAUUUUUUUAACCUGGUGACCUAGUUUUUGAUCCCAGAUAACCCAGUUUUGAACUUUACCUAGAUUCUUACCAGGUUUUAUAUUUAGAUCUGACAUUAAAACUGACCUGACCAAUGGAAACUGUUUUCCAAAAUUUGACCUAAUGACCUUGUUUUUAAUCCCAUAUGACCUAGUUUCAAAUCUGACAUGGCUUUAACUGAGUAAAACAUUCUUAACAAAGUUCAUGUAUGUAAAGCUUUUAUUCCAAAUGAUCCAGUUCAAACCUGGACUUGAGUCCAUAAAGACACACAUUCUGUUUCAGGAAGAUCGGUAGGAAAUAUGGCAUAAAUUUUUCUAUUAUUUGACUUAGUGACCUAGCUUUUGACCCCAGAUGACACAGCUUCGAACUCCCCUUGAGAUUUUAUUGAGGCAAACAUUGAGACCAAGAUUCCUCAUGACUGGACAAAAUAAACCUCGAGUGUUAAAAGUUAAACUGCUGACAAAGGACAAUGACAGACAUAGCUCACCUUAAAACUGAUAAGCCCAUGAACUUAGCUAUAAAUGUGUAUAUUUCACUGUGAAAUGCAGUGUGAACUCUGAAAUGUGAACUCCAAAGUAUGAACUGUGAAUUAUGAAGUAUGAACUGUGAAGUGAGAAUUAUGAAGUAUGAACUGUGAAGUGAGAAUUAUGAAGUAGGAACUGCGAAGUUAGAAUUAUGAAGUAUGAACUGUGUAGUGAUCAUAAUAGCCAUCAAAUAUUUGUUUGUUUUGGGUCUUGCACUAUAUUUCAACUGUAUUUCAGUAACAUAAAGGAGAGCAGUUAACUUUACCAAAGUUUAACAUAGUUUGAAGGUAAGCUGAUUAUGCUUAGUUAUAGCUGGAAGAAUACAAAAUACCUUUUGGAAAGCUGUUUUUGAAAGCUGAUAUUGUCUAUGUAAUUUAUCAAAAUUAUUGACCUUCAAAAAAUCUUACAUUCUCCAUUGUGGAAUAAUUGUAAUUUUUGAUGCAGAAGUUAUUGAAAUCAUAGUGAUUUUUCUUUUCUUUUUUUUAAUCCACUUUUUUCACAUUUUUAAAAAAUAUUAUCAAUUAAUAUUUCCCGCAUAUUUUUUUAUAUUCUCCCCUUCUAUUUUUUUGGAAUUUUUUCUUUGUACAGAUUUUUUCCAAACACCCUUAUAUCUUCAACCCCAUUUGAUAACUGUUUGAUAACAAAAUUAAUGUCUGUGAUGAUAUAUGAUUCAACCCGAAAUGUAAAGUGUUUAUGAAAAUGUGUACACAGAAUAUAAUACUAAGCUAAUGUUGUAUAAUAUGUUCAGAUAUUUAUAUUCAUUCACGUGUACAAUUCGAAAUAAACGGGGUAACCCAAUUUGGGGCCUGAAAAAAAACUACCUGGCAG